UAUAAAAGUUUUUCUCCUCUAUUUCAGAUAUGGAUUUAUGGAAACAGUUUUGAGUCUUUCCUUGUUGCUGUUGUUAACCCCAGUAAGCAAGCACUUGAACAUUGGGCACAAGAAAAUGGUAUAUCCAUGGACUUCGAUUCUCUCUGUGAAGAUCCUAGAGCAAAACGUUACAUAGUUGAAGAUCUCUCAAAGAUUGCAAAGAAAAAGAAGUUGAAAGGUUUUGAGUUUAUAAAAGGAGUUCACCUUGAGCCAGUUCCAUUUGACAUGGAACGUGACCUUAUCACUCCAACAUAUAAGAAGAAGAGGCCUCAGUUGCUUAAAUACUAUCAGAAUGCCAUUGACAACUUGUACAGGAGUGGAAAUAAACCCAGUGACUGAGACUAGAUUGUAAUGUAACUAGAUUUAGUACCAAAGAGUUUAUCAAUAAAUAUUAAAGUAUUAAUAAGUGUAAUGUUAUUAAUUAUAGAAUUAUUGUAUUAAGUUUGUUAUUCGUUUUACCACAAGAGUUUGAUGGUUGUUUACUUGUAGAAAAUUAAAUAAUUAUAAGAAAUAAUAGUUUUGUUUUAUUA